CGGGGUGAGGGGGAUGGGUCGUUGAGUGAUAAGAACAGAAGGGGAGGCAGUUCGACACAGUGGUAAUUUUAUUUAUAAUAAACCAGCCGCUAAUUCUAAUCUAACGCUUACAUAUCGAUCAUUGUAUUUCAGCGUAGCGCAAGCAAGGAUGACGAUGCCACAUGUAGGGGCAGUAUUCGCAGCAAUAGCAGGAGUGAUGGCCAUCAUGUUGCACUCCUCCAUUCACAAGAUAGAGGAAGGACACCUUGCUGUUUACUACAGGGGUGGGGCGUUGCUGACUUCUCCCAAUGGACCUGGAUAUCACAUCAUGCUGCCUUUCAUUACCACCUACAGAUCAGUGCAGACUACUCUCCAGACUGAUGAGAUCAAGAAUGUGCCUUGUGGAACAAGUGGUGGUGUGAUGAUCUAUUUUGACAGAAUAGAAGUUGUUAACAUGCUGGUCCCUUCUGCAGUGGUGGACAUUGUGAGGAACUACACUGCUGAUUACGACAAAACUCUAAUUUUCAACAAGAUUCACCACGAACUCAACCAGUUCUGCAGUGUACACACACUACAGGAGGUUUACAUUGAGUUGUUUGACAUUAUAGAUGAGAACCUGAAGACUGCAUUGCAGAAAGAUCUUAAUGCUAUGGCCCCUGGACUCACAAUACAGGCAGUCCGUGUUACCAAGCCCAAGAUCCCUGAGUCUAUCAGGAGGAACUUUGAACUCAUGGAAGCAGAAAAGACUCGUCUGUUAAUAACAGCUCAGACUCAGAAGGUGGUGGAAAAGGAAGCGGAGACUGAAAGGAAGAAGGCCAUUAUAGAGGCUCAGAAAGUGGCUCAGGUAGCAGAGAUCCAGUUCCAGCAGAAGGUGAUGGAAAAAGAGACGGAGAAGAGGAUAUCUGAAAUAGAGGAUGCUGCCUUCCUGGCCAGGGAGAAGGCAAAGGCUGAUGCAGAGUAUUACACAGCUGCCAAGUUUGCUGAAGCAAACAGGCUGAAGUUAACCCCAGAGUACCUGGAGCUGAUGAAGUACCAGGCCAUAGCAGCUAACAGUAAAAUCUACUUUGGCCAGGACAUCCCCAACAUGUUUGUAGAGGGAACCAACAGUCCGCCAAAGUCUGCGCCCUCCCCUAAUCUGCCCAGUGCUGAACCAGACAUACGUAAAGGAAAGCCAGAUAGGCAGUGAGUUCGCAGUCCUGCCUCUGCUCAAGACAGACUGAUGAGGACUUGUUUUGUCUGUGGGGCGGAGAACACAGAACUGAAGGUGAUGGGUGGGAUGGCGUUUGCAGCUAUUUUGGUGAACAGCACGCUUCAGUCUUAAAUCUAAAUGGCAAAGGAAGAGUGGGAAGAUGUAAAGUGAAAGACAAGCAAAAGUGAGAGGGGUAGGAAUGUUCAAGAUCAAAGGGAAUAUAUUUUUCCACCUUCCACUCUUUGGGAAAAGACGAGUUUUAGGGAUGGGAAUGAUGCCAUAGUUAAAAAUCAAAAGCAUAAUAAAUGCUUAUGCCUGGGAAGGCGACAGCAAGUAGUCGCCCUAAUUUACACAUGCUUGCAAUCAGUGCAGUGUUGAACUUUGCUUUUGGAUCUGCAUUCAUUUUGUUGGUUGUAUGCAAGAGGAAUGAUUUGUAAUGAAAAUUAACAUGAUUUUUGAGAAUUAAUUUCUGGUUUAGCUGAACUGGAAUCUGACAGGUGACACUAAUUAAAGGCAAGAUGGUUUGUGUAAGUGUGCCAGGCAGGAAGGUACACUAGUUGGCUCUUUUCUCUCCACAUGAGUCAGUGUGAGGGCUGUUUAGUCACACCACAUAUCUAGUGUUGCCGGUGGUUGACUUUAAAAUAGUUUCGACAGGUUAAUACAGUAGUUUGAGCAUUAUAAACAUGGAUAUUGCAGCACAGCCGUUCACUACAUGGAGCCCUUUUUUUAAAAAAAAACAAAAAAAAACAAAACGAUAUUGCUCUACAAUCAAGUGGCCUGACUUUGUUAAAUUUUCACCUGAGCCUGUAUAAAGUAGAUGCUUUUCUACAGAUACUCAAGUCUUUGAGGUUGGAGGGUUGUCGUCAUGUGUUCAUAGGUAAGUUAAUAUACAGUGGUGAAGGUCUGGUUGUAAUGUAGUUUAUUUUCUGUUAGCAUGGUGAUGGUUUGCUGUUGUUUGUAGUUGUGACUGAGGUCCCAGCUGCCGCAGAAAGGCUUGAGAAGCUGCACUAAGAUCUACUGUGGCGUUUACUGUGAAGCCAACUGAGAAAAAAAAGGUUCUAGUGCUGCUAAAAGAUUCUGAUUUUCUCUGAACUAAUUCAAGAUGAUUCAUAGUUAAAGGUUAAUUAAUAUGGAAAUGAAACAAUAAAGCAGUUUAAUACCAGUGGGUCGUUACACUGGAAGAAGUUUCUUUCUGUCCUCCAUCUGGUUUUGAUCUUUGUGACCAUGCAUGGGGAAAUUUGUAUUGGCUUGAUUCAGAUGAUUAGUAGUGCCUGCGUUGUCUGCUUACUCUGUUCUUUUACAGCUUAUUGAGAUGUGGCUAAAUGUAAAUUCUCAGGAAAUUGACUUUUACUUUAUUUUAACAGCUGCUCAGUGUUGGACAGAGCUUAUACUCCUCAAAAGUCAAAAUUAAAGAAAAUGAGCUUAUAUGCAGUGAAGCAGUAAAAUAAUACAAUAAUGUUUUGAGGACAACCAAAGCAGUGAUUUAAUGUCAAAUUAAAGUUGAUUGUCUUAAAAAAAAAAAAAAACAAACACCACUUUCAUUUAAAGUUAAAAUUUGUCCCCGGUUAAUAUUUAAGGUGACAUUUUUAUUGCACCUUCGCUGUUUUAUUGCACCAUCUAUUUACAGUAGGUGUCUGUGACAUUGAACAUUAUGAGGAUGUUGGUUUGUCAGAGUAGAAAUUAUACAAACAAAAGCUCCCUUCCACUUCAGUGCUUACAUUUUUUUGUAAUUAAAGAAUUGAUGUACUGCAAAGUUUUUGAGUCUUUGCCAAACAAGAUAAUCUAAAGGAUUUUAAUGCCAACACACAGCUCCUAAUUAUAGAGUAGAAUUUGUUUAACCUCUAAUCAGUUUUGUGUAAAGACAUGAGUUCCAGUACGACACAAAAACAAGCUUUGUUGUAUUUAAAGAUGAAUGAUGCUUAGGCUUAAAGCAGAUGCAAGUUGGUGCUAGUUUAUAUUGUGUUUAAGCUUUUGGAUUUUGUUCAGCUCUGUGUUUCAGAAACAUGGAAAUACUUCCACUAUUCAGAAUUCAAGCCUUAAAUAGUAACGGGUGACCCCAGAUUGAAAGAUUCAGCAGUUCAUAUAAACUAAAAGGCUCCUCCUGAACUUGGCUGUGAGACUUCUUAAGAGCUUAGAUGUACAUGCUGUACUGUACGGCCUCAUCGUAGACUCUAACAUGGGAAAGACACAACUAGCAGUGGACACUAAUAGUGCUUGAAGGAUGUUGUGACAUUUACUUGACCUCCGGAUGCCAGUUAAAGGCUGCACUCUGCAUUUGCUUUGGUGGUGGGUUCAAAUAGAGAUGCAAAAGAUGGGUAUGAAUCACUCAUGAAAAAGAUUUUUUUUUUGUCAAUAUUUUGUACAAUCUGUGAAAUUUAAACAUCGUCUCCUUGUUUUAAAAGGUUUAUAUGCAAAAAUGUUUUCAAGUUUUGACAAUGUUCUAAAAUAAAACCUAUUUUGGUA